AGGUGAGUUUUGUCUGAAUAUGCUACAAUUUUAUGUUUCCAUCAGGUGGAAUUCUAAAAUAGUAACUAUAUCGUCAAUGCAAAUCAUUAAUUUCUCGGACAAUGAUAAAAAAGUGGUUACAUGGUGUAAAAUAAUGUACCCAUGCAUAGUUUUAAAUUGCCGCUUUAGUGCUUGUGUGAACUACAGUUGAUUUAUAAAUAUCCUGUCAGGUGGCCGUGGACCAACUUUGGAUUUCCCAGACCCUGUCUCGAUAACUUCCACGCCCUUGAAGCCUAGGCCACCACCUCGACAAAGACAGGCAGACCCAGUAGCCUCUGACACCCCAAGCAAAAAGAGAAUGGUAGAGGAUGAUGUCUUACCUACCAAAUGUGAAGUUCAGAUGGGAAUGGACAUUGUUGGUCCAAUGACAGCUCUUGGUGAUCACAUCUACAGCACUAUCAAAUCUACUGCUGAUGCCUCCACACAAACAAACUUGUGUUUUGAUGACAUCAGCUCAUACACAGAUGAUGUGCUGCAGAACCCCAAGAUGCUGACCAAAAAAUUAACAAUGGAUAACAUCACAAGAAACAACAAAAGCAGCAAGUUUUACACUGGGCUCAGUGUUGCCAUGCUCAUGCUGGUGUUCAACUGGUUGAAGGACAAGGCUGCCAGGAUGACUUACUGGAGAGGUCAAAGUGAGACAAAGCAAGAUGGGCAAAAAUCCAGCAGAGGCCCGUCAAGACUUCUCUCUCUGUAUGAGGAAUUUAUCAUCACUCUGAUGCGCCUACGACGAGCUAAUGAUGUGGAACAGUUGUCUGACUUGUUUGGUGUUUCGAACUCUCACAUUAGUAGAAUUUUCAACACAUGGAUCAAUCUGAUGUGCAAAGAAUUAUGUUUUCUUAUCAAAUGGCCUUCCACAAGACAGGUGAAACAUAAUCUUCCUAAAUGUUUUAAAUAUUUUCCAAAUACCAAAGCAGUUAUUGAUUGUACAGAAUUUCUACUUCAAAACCGAGUAUUCCUUCCAGCCAGAGAGUAACAUGGUCAUCUUAUAAACAUAGAAAUACUUUAAAGUGUUUAGUUGCUUGCUCUCCAAAAGGUUCAUU